AUGCAGCGUCCACUGACUCAGCAGCCCAAUGGACUGACCCUCCAUGAUUCUGUAGGGCUGUUCAAUAAGAGGAAGAAAGCUUCUGUCUUGGUCAGUGGUGCCCUCCUUAUCGCCUCGGUUUUAAUUCUGACUGUCGGCUUGGCAGCGACCACAAGGACUCUGAAUGUUUCGGUUGGAGGAUAUUACCCGGGAGUAAUACUUGGUUUUGGAUCAUUUCUGGGACUGAUUGGAGCAAAUCUUCUCGAAAAUAAAAGACAGAUGCUGGUGGCAUCGAUCGUGUUCAUCAGUUUUGGUGUAGUGGCGUCUUUCUGUUGUGCCAUUGUUGAUGGUGUAUUUGCUGCCAGACACAUUGAUAUCAAACCUUUCCAUGCAGGGAGAUGUCAGUAUUACUCUAGCGGUACUCCAUAUCCUUCAGAUGAUUACAAUGCAGAGGUGACGUGCCUGAGUCAGUCAAGUGCUCCCUGCAUACUGAAAAUAAAGAGUAACACCUGUUACUGUUGUGACCUUUAUAAGUGUGGCCGUCGAGACACUUUGGGUGGUUAUUAUGAAUACAACGAUGUCGGAAGUUGCCAAGAAGUUAUCCAUCUGUACCACCUGCUGUGGUCGUCGACAAUCCUCAACAUCGUUGGCUUAUUUCUUGGGAUCAUCACAGCAGCAGUCCUUGGAUCCUUUAAAGAUAUGACACCAACUGCUUCUCGGAUCACCUAUGCACCUGAACCUCCACCUCCACCCAUAAUGUAUGAUCCUGGACAGCAGGUACUGGCCUAUACGAACUUUUAUCCUGGGCCUCCACAUCUGCCACCUUACAGCCCAUAUGAUAUUCAGCAUCCAAGUAUAUUCUCAGCCUCCACGCCAUCUGAAGAUUCACAGUCUAUUUCACAGUCUGCUUCAAGUUACAUGUGGCCACCAAACACUCCUCCUCGCUACUCCCCGGCCUACUUUCCACCCGAUGAAAAGCCGCCACCCUACACACCGUAGAUCUGUCCUUACUUUCAUCAUCACUACAGACUUUUCGAAGACCCCCAUUGCAAAGGGCAUUGUCCACACAGAUCACUUUGUGAUUUCCAUGUGCAUAGUCUUACUCACUCGUGGUGAUGAGUUUGUAGAGAAGAACUCUUCUGUAAAACAAAACAUCAGCAUAUCAUCCUGCUACCUAUUGUUAAGGGUAUGUUA